CUCAACCCUAACCGUUUUAAAUGAUCAGCUGGGAAGGAAGAAGAGAUCAGAGUUUUGAACUAGAAGGAGCAAGCUUCAAGGACAAGUGUUAAAAUGAGAAUUCUUUGAAUCAGUUCUUGGGAAAUUAAGCUAGGGAACAGACAAUGGUAGAGCCUAAGGAUGACUUCUGGGCAUGAGAACCCAAGAAUUUGUGAAGGGAAAACAAGAACCAGAUGUGAGGAGAUAAAGACUUGAGCAGCUGGAGUAUUGGAUCGUUUGCCUGCUAUCCCAGCACUUGAAAGCAUCCAGGACCAUGGAAAGAACUGAGGUGGGAGAAAACGGACUUGGAAGGCUUCCAGGAAGCAAUGGGGAAACCAAUGGAUGACAGUAUCAGAAAGGUGUGCAGGGUACUUCCUGUGCCAUUUCCAGGUCAUUUGCUGCUGGAGAGUCAUCUUUUACCACUAGCAAAAGAAACGGAAUUCACAUCAGAGAAAACCCCCUCUCAGAUUCCAGCCCCAGAGAACCACAGAUCAUCGGUUACACAGCUAAGUUUGACCGGCGCAGAAAUGCCAUAUAAAUGAAGACAUAAAGUGUACUUUUUUUGGUGUAUGGCUUUGUUUGCAUCCCUGUACUCUUGGGACCUGUUCCUGCAGGCUGGUUUUCUAACUUACAGAAUGAGAAUUAGCAUUCCAGAUAAGAGCAACAGUUGUGCAGAGUAAAUGUAAGGCACCCAUUCUUCAAAAAUGAUACUGUCCCCGACUGGCUAUAGCCUCGGCUGUGAUCCACUUCCGAAUUCUGUGAGAUGCCUCUUGUUCUCAAGACCAUGGUGAAAUUGCUGAAGCCCUGUGUUGCCUCGCUGUCAGUGUCACACCUUAGCAAGCGGCUCUGCCUGGAUUCUCUGCACUUGCCUUUGGUUGGUUGGAGGUGUGUGGGCGGGGUUGGGGGCGGUCUCUUGCUCUAGCUACCUUCAGAAGCUUCAAAAACUUUAUGAAGCCACACCCAACUUUUCCUACUCUGCUGCUCAAUUAUCAGGUCCCAGCUUCUCUGGUUCUGACUUACUAGGGUGCCAGGACAGUUCCAAGUCUGAGAGACUGCAGACAAUCUAACUCUUCCUGGUCUUUCCAAGGCACCGCCCCCACUUAGGGUUAAGGGACCACUUCCUUCCUAUCCUAACCAGCCAGCUGGCCUUAGACAGCUCUGAGCCCUUCACUGAAACAGACCCUUCCACCUUCUUUCCUUAGAAGGCAGCAGGCGUCCCAGGAGGCCCCUGAAGGAGUUCUCUCUGGGCUUCCCAGAGACUCAGAGGGGGUUCGGUCUACCCUGAACCCUGAACCCAGUUCAGGGUCCCUUGGAGUCUGUGUAGGGGAUGGCAGGAGGCGACAAUGAACUCAGCAGCAGGACAAUCCCAGAGGACCAGAAUGAAGAGGAGUCAGAUGACUAUCAGCUCAUGUUCAAGCACUUCAAAGAAAACAAGGUGGAGAUUGCAAGUGCCAUCACCAAGCCGUUUCCUUUCCUCAUGAGCCUUCGAGACCGAGACUUCAUCUCGGAGCAGAAGUUUCAGGAAUAUCAAGAAACAUGUAAGAACCUGGUCCCAGUGGAGAGAGUCGUGUACGACGUCCUCAGCAAUGUACAGAAGAAGUUUAGCUGGGAUCUUCUGAAAGUGAUAUUCAGCAAAACACAUCUGAAGGCCUACCCCGACUUAAAGGAGACUCUAAAACACUUCUUCCUAAAUGCAUCCAAAACUAAUGAUGAACAAGCAGAGGAGAUGCUUAGCCUCCCACAAUGCAAUGGAGGAGAGGGAAGUAGUUCUUGUGAACAAACGCGUGAUGAACAAGAGCCCCAGGAUGACCUGCCCUCAUCCCUGAGACAAGAAGCAGCAAGAAGAAAAAAACGUCCGAACUGGUCAAAUUCCAAAAGAAGACUGCAGAAAAAAAAGCCCCGUCAAGAUGAGAUGAUGGUCGUCUCAGCAGGAGUGGCCUCACCUGGACAUGGAGUUCAAGAGAAGCUCAAGGCGGUGAGCAGGAGGACUUUGUGGAAAGAUGACUCAUCUACGAACGUGAAGGAGGUGACCAAGACACUGAGAGCAAGGAUAAGGUGUGGCACCUGCCAUUGGAAAGGCUCAGCCUGGGCAAAUCUCUCAGAGCUGGUGCAGGGGUCGAGGGAUACAUGACCUCCGUGUUAGCAGAGAGAUUUUCAGAGAGAACAGGCGAGGGGCAAAGAGAGGUAAGGAAUGGCCAAGGAGUUUUUGAUAAAGAAACAGCCACAGGUCACCUCAGUUGAGACCUAAGAAAGAGGGUGUCAACCCUUUAGAUUUAACAAUCGUAAAGAUUACUAAAAACUUCCCAAGGUCUACGUCUGUGUUGUUUAUGUCUACCUGUUUCUCCAUUAUUCAUAAUUAAAAAAAAACAUAAUUUAAAAUAAAAUCUUUGUUUAAAGUGAAAUAAUUUGGUCAAGGAAGCAUGUGAGAGAAAAUUAUUUCUGAAGCAAAAACAAACUUAGAAGACGGGUGUCCAUGCAAGCUCCUGCAGUUCUCAGUGAUGUCGGGCUCUGUGAGAAACAGGUAGAUGCUUAGAGCUGCAUCUGAACUCACGCACCUGACUGUGGCUGUGGCUGAGGAUGGGGAGAGGAUCUCGCUGCACAUGGAACUCCAGUCCUUUGCAAGGGCACUGCAUGCUCUUAACCAGCCCCAUCAUCUGUCAGCUAGACUCUGAAUCCUUAUCUCUGGUACUGUUGUUCUCUGCUAAAAUAAACUGUUACGCCAGCUGCA